CAGUGUCAAUCCUCCAAUCCAAUAUAAUUAGUAAAACGGAAAAGAAAAAGAAAAUCUUUCUCUUUUAAGACAAAAGUAAAUAGGAGACCGAAAAAUCACGGGAUUCACUCGCAUUGGCGACAGAAUUAGGGUCGAAACUACCCCCAUCCCAAACAAAUUUGCUUUCUCUUUUUUAUUUUCUAUUGUUCAUAGUUCUAUCAGAAAUUCCAUACCUUUGAUAAGACAAAAUCUGGUCCCUCUCCAGAAUAAUCAUAAAAAAAAAAAAUUACACUUACUAUAUACUUCAAUACCCAAAGCAGAUCAAGUUUAUAUUUUUCUAGAAAGAAGAAAAAAAAAAGAAAAAGGAAAAAAGCCCGCGCGACCAAGAGUGUUGGAAUAGAUGGGUCGGCAUCCGAGUAGUGGCGGCCCUGCCUUUCGUUUCACCCAAACUGAGGUGGCGGAGAUGGAGACUAUUCUCCAGGAGCACCAUAAUCAGAUGCCUGUUCGAGAGAUCCUUAUGAGUCUUGCAGAUAAGUUCAGUGAGUCUGCAGAACGGAAAGGGAAGAUUGUUGUGCAAUUUAAGCAAAUAUGGAACUGGUUCCAGAAUAGGCGCUAUGCGAUAAGGGCAAAAUCAAACAAGGUUCCUGGGAAGCUAAAUAUUACAUCUAUGCCUCGGGAUGAUUCCAAUCCCAUGAGAAAUGUGCCUCAGCCUGUUGCAGCUCCCGUGCCUCCUCAUAUGACUGCUCCAAUGCCUGCUUCUACAGUUCCAGGUGCAGGAAGGAAUUUGUCAGAAUCUUAUAUGGAGUUUGAAGCUAAAUCUUCAAGGGAUGGUGCAUGGUAUGAUGUUGCGACUUUUCUGGCCCAUAGAUAUUUGGAUGCAGGUGAUCCGGAAGUACAGGUUCGGAUUGCUGGUUUUGGACCAGAGGAGGAUGAGUGGGUAAACAUUCGCAAGCAUGUCAGGCAACGGUCCCUCCCGUGUGAAGCUUCUGAGUGUGUUGCAGUUCUUCCUGGGGACCUUGUACUGUGUUUUCAGGAAGGUAAAGAUCAGGCUCUCUACUUUGAUGCCCAUGUCCUCGAUGCGCAAAGGCGGAGGCAUGACAUACGAGGUUGUCGUUGUAGAUUUCUGGUGCGCUACGAUCAUGACCAGUCUGAGGAAAUUGUACCUCUGAGGAAGGUUUGCCGUCGGCCUGAAACUGAUUACAGGUUGCAGCAACUGCAUGCCGCAAGUAACUUAUCCAAUCAUCAACACAAAACUAGCACCGAUCAAUCUACUGCUCUCACACCAAAGAUUAUCGGUUCAUCAACUGAAGCAAUGCAAAAGCUGCAGAAUCCAGAUCAAUCCAGGACAGCCACAGAUUCACAUUUCAAUGUUUCUGUAGCUGCACAAACUACAAAUCAAGAGUCUAAAAUUUUAGGAAUUGUGACUACUGAUGUAACUGAUCCCAGAAUUUCCCCCGUCAAGAAUGCUAUGGCUGCUGCUGCCACUGGCAUCGGCCCUGGUCAAAACGUGCAGGAAGCAAAGUUAUAGGUUCGGACUUCAGAUACUGAUGUUCAAUGGGGCAAAGGUCCCUUUGGGAUAAUAUGAUGUAAUUAUCACAACUUCCAAGUUUUUGAUGGAAGACUUAGAUUCUGUCUAGAUUUUCUUCUUUCUUCAACAAUUUUUGUUCUUGUCUGUUUAAUAGUUCGAAGGCUUCCAUGAA